UGUGUGUGAAAAAAUAUGGCAAACACAUUUCGUAGAAUUUUUAUACAAAUAAAUGAAAAAUAUACAAGAGUAUUAAAAUAAGUUUUAAAAUUAAUACGCAGAAACAUAUUGGAACAUAUAAAUAUGGUUGAUUUAGAUAGUGUUGAUGCAACAAAGCCACCACCAGAAAUAGAAGAACAAUCUACACAGCAAUUAUCUAACAUGGUGACAAAACAACAAUUGUGUCGUCUUUGUUUACUGCCAGAGGAUGAGGCGGAAUCGGAUAAAAGUGUGGAUAUUUAUGAAGAACCUGGAGUGGAUGAAAAUGGCGAAAAAGUUAAGGCGGUAGAGGAGCUGCUGUACGAAUUGUUUAACAUAAAGUAUGAUAAAACUUGUUUAAAUUUGCCUCAUAUUAUCUGUCAUCGUUGCUGGGAUAUGGUACAGGCUUUUAGUAGCUUUCGCAGUUUAGUGCAACAAUGUGAGGAACUAUUGCAGAAACGUUUAAAGCUUUUGCAAACAAAUGCUUUCAUAUCUGACAACGAAGAUAGAAGACCAGGCUUAAAUGGCAAUCCCGGUGUUUUUGUGCCCGAUGAAGACUGUGAAAUAGAAGAAGUAAAUCCAGAGCAAGAUUUUGAAAGUUCAGAGGAUGAUUUUUCUAUGGAAUCCGAUUCAGAACCAGAAGAUAUUGUCUUACCGGCAAAAGCUAAUGAAAACAUUUUAACCACAAAUGUGAAUACAAAAGCAGUAAAGAAUGUAAACAAAAAGAAUUCUCCCUUUGUUAAUCCAACUGCCGGAGAUGUAGUGUCAAGUAAUGAUUCAAAUAUUUCCAAGGAAAUGCCACUCGUUAAUAUGCCAUUGGAGCAUAUGAAUUUAGAAUUUUCCAUUAGAAAUACCUACUCUUGUCAGUACUGCGAUAUGUCUUUUACCACACAAAACGAUUGUACGGAACAUGAAUCACGCCAUGAUCCUACUGCACCCUUCCUUUGCAAUUUCUGUCCUAUGCGUUGCACCACACGCCAAGCCUUGAUUGGUCAUAUUAAGGAAAUUCAUGAUCCCGAAAGACCCUACGUUUGCGCCUUAUGUAAUAAAGGUUUUUGCCGAAGAUCAGAUCUUAAGAAACACUCAAUAGUACACACUGGUGUUAGGCCCUUCGCUUGUCCCAUUUGUGCUAAAAGUUUUUCACGCAACACGAAUCUUACCAAACACAUGCGUAUACACAAUAGUAUUAAGCCGUAUGUUUGCAAACAAUGUCCGCGUUCUUUCACCACUGGUACAGAACUAUUAAGGCACGGACGUACACAUUCGGAUGUUCGAAACUUUAAAUGUUCUCGCUGUACGGCUACCUUUGCGCGCAAAGAUAAAUUGCAAAUGCAUGAACAGGCUCAUUAUCGUAAAGAGUCAGAAUUUCUAUUAAAUCAAGCCAAACAACCGGGUCAACCAAAUCUGUCGGUACUACCCCAGAACCUGGAAAAUAUGGAGAAUAUGGUAGUGCCCAUUAACCCUUACGCAAAUGCAGAUAUACAGCAACCAAAAUCGGAUGAUUUACAGCAUUCUCUAUUUCCCGCUAAUCAAUUUCCUCAAACAAAACCCCAACUUCACUAUAAUAAACCAAAAUCAUCUCAUCAUGGUCGCAUACACACCUGCAAUAUAUGCAGCAAAUCCUUUACACGAGAACGUGAUCUUCAUCGGCAUCAGGCUUUACAUUUAGACUCGCUCUUCACCUGCAAACAGUGUGGUGUUGGCUUUAGUCGUCGUGAGAAAUUGGCACGUCAUGAACUGGAGCAACAUGGUCCCCAGUAUCCUUGUGAAAUAUGUCGCAUAACAUUCCAUAAACGUGAAGAAUUGGAAAUGCAUUUGAAAAUGCAUGAAUUGCAGCAAAAUGCUGCAUUAUCUGCUCAUCAAGCCGUACUCAACGCUGCUGGAGUAGUUCAUACUCCCAUGGAACUGACACAAAUUCAUCAUCAUUCGGUAGCACAAUCAUUGCAGCAACCUCAACCUCCGCCACUACCGCCGGUAGCAGCGUUGGCUUCACAACGUCCCUCGGCGGCUGAUAUGUCGUUCUACAGUAAUAUGGUACCAACCAUGAAUUUGGGCUUCUACAGUGAGACCCGACCUGAAGAUCGUAAUGGUAUUUAGGUUGCUUUGAUUUGAAAUGUGUUUUGAAAUUUAACUUAUUAUUAUCAGCUUAAUUAUUUUACUUUGUAUUCAUUUAAUUUAAAUAAAUUUUUGAAACAUUUAUUGAUAUUAAA